UCCAUUCGCCUCAGUCUGGCUCGACCGUCGCAAUACUACGUCGCGUACGCGCGCUACACUUGUUCACGCAACGACUCGUAUAUCGCGGCGAAAAUAGUGCGCUCGGACCGGGAAGCGAACCCGGUGAACCAGUGGUAGGUGCCAUGGUGCCCGCACUGGUACUGAUGUUGCUGGCGGUGGCCCCGUAUGGGCCCGCCGUCGCGCGCAGGCACGCUCCUGACCUCAGAGAAGAUGAACCCGCUCGGCGUACCACGAGACCUGCCGAAUGUCAAUUCGGAAAGCAAGCCAAAGAGCUGGGAUCCACGUGGUUUGCAGAUUUAGGCCCUCCGUUUGGUGUCAUGUACUGCAUCAAAUGUGAGUGUAUACCGGUACAAAAGAAGCGGAGAGUGGUCGCUAAAGUACACUGCAGGAAUAUUAAGAACGAGUGUCCUGAACCAUCUUGCGACAGUCCGGAACUCCUACCCGGACGUUGCUGCAAGACUUGUCCGGGGGAUACUAACUCUCCUGAUAUUGUGCAAGAAGAUAGCCCAACCGUUGUCAUUGAUGAAGAGGAACUGAGUAUGAAGCACUUUGGUGCUCUCCUAACUGGUCGAUCUCCUCUCUGCAUUCGGCGUGAUGACAUGACUGGUGUACCCGUAGCUGCCGGAGUGGCCACAGCUCGGUUUACUUUCCGACGACGUCAUCUCUUCUGGUCUGUAAUUUUAGGGCCAUCGAUGGUUACUCGGCCGAGAGCACUUGCCUUCUUGGAUCGAGGAGGUCGGAUGCUUCUAGAACAUCCGCUCAAAAAGUUUCAAGGCAUCCACGCUACCUAUGAGGAAAAAACUGAUAAGCUCUGUGGAGUCUGGCGCAGAGUGCCGCGGGAGUACAAACGUUUGCUCCGCGAAGGCUCUUUGUAUGUUGCCCUUAUAUGGGGCGAUGAGCGCAAUAACUCCAUGGAUACAGCGCUAAGUGGAAGGAUUAGCAGAUAUCCAGCACUUGCAACAGAGAUGUUUACAUCUCUAUUGGAGCCUGAACAUGCCCCAGCAUCAAUCGGUAACGGAGCUUGUGAUGAUUACCGUGUACCGGGACAGGAAGAGGGCUGGUGGGGUGGGACAGCAGUGGUUACGGGUGCGGCUGGAGCAGCCCCCAGCUUGCACCUGGCUAUAGUUUUUAAUGGCGUGUUCAAGCCUGCCUCUAGAGAACAGACCAUCAAAGUAAUGCUGACACUACCAGAGAAGAAUCAGACUAUUAUUGACGAGGUUCACAAGAUGAGUAAACCCAGCUAUGACUUUAACAUUAUCGAAGUAUCUACACCUGUAUCAGCUGCGGAACUAAGAUCCCUAGCCAGAGGCAGGCUUCUGCUCUCAGUUGAAGCCAUCUCUACUCCAGAGAGACGACUGACUGGAGUUGUCAGACAGAGAGCAGCUUGCGAGGUCUUCCAUGCGCCUUUAAUGGCUGAGCGGCUCUCGGCUGCCACCAUACCUGAAGGACUGGCUCUUUUGUAUAUUGACAAGGAGGGCUCACUGGUUUAUGAUAUACAGGUGGACAAUUUGAGUAUAGCUGAUCCAAAGAUAACGUUGGUGGAAGAGCAGGGCAAGAGACACUCGCAAGUGGAAAUUCUGGAUACAAGAAUGGGAGUGCUGGCCAGACCCAGUGCGAGGAUUUUCCCCCCGCUCUAUGAAGACCAGCUCGCUGUACAUAUAGGAUCUGAUACAGGUCCGCCGCUGCUGCGAGGUCGCUUAUUGUCCCGCUCGUUGCCGGACGCGGCCGGGGCCGGUCCAGCCCUCUUGAAGCGGACGGACGCUCGACUCGCCCCUUCCACUAUCGUCGCGGGUCUCGCCUGGGUCUCUGUUGAUGCGUUGUGUGGAAUUAAUUAUGAAGUUACAAUAAACGGUUACAACGGUGGCUGGUCGUCGUGGCUGGAGAGUCACGCUCUCGGAUCCUCCGCUCCGAGGGCUCUGGCGGGACAAGAAGGUUCAGUGCUGGAGCCGACUCCAGCGGAACUGUCAGCUUUGCACGCAGGCGCUGCGUAUCUCAACGUACGCGCUGCGGAGAACGGCACUGAGUUUCUGCGCACGCGACUACCACAGAUAAGUGUGCCACCAUCCUGUCUCCCCUCGGUGCCGUACGUCGUAGACAAUGAGCUCAGCCCCGACUACCCUCCGCACGUCAACGUGCCUCCAGACAACUCCUUGUCCAACACCGCGUCGUGCUUCUACGCGGGUCGCUCUUAUGAAGAUGGCGCUCAGUGGAUGGCCACCGAGUCCUGCCACAUGUGCGGGUGUGUCCAUGGCGCCCUUCGCUGUGACCCCGUCCGCUGUCCGGUCGUGGAGUGCGCCGCACCCACUAUUCAGCCGCCAGGACAAUGCUGCCCCAUCUGUACAAACUCCACAACCGCCGUUUGGAAUGAAUCACACGGGUGUCACCUCGCGGGGCAGUACCACGCCCCAGGCUCCUCCUGGCAUCCGUACUUGGUACCGGGGGGCUAUGACACGUGUGCUGUCUGCACUUGCGAGUUUUCCACGCGACAAGUGAAGUGCCCCCGUGUCAAAUGCCCCCUCUUGAAGUGCGCUGAGAAAGAUGCCUAUCGACCCGACAAGAAGUCUUGUUGCAGAGUUUGUCCAGUGGUAAAAGAAAAGAAGUCCGACGAAGACACGUUGAAGGAUCAAGGCACUCCGCGAACAGCGGAGGAAAUAUUGGCUGAAGGAGGAUGCAAGUUCCCAGAUGGGCCUUUACCCAACGGGAAGGAGGUCCAUCCCUCCAUACACUCACAUGGAGAACAGAGAUGUGUCACCUGCCGUUGCAAGGAUGGCGAAGUGACCUGCGUACGUAAGCGUUGCAACCGAGCCGCGUGCGCACGAAGACGACGCGGCGACGCCUGUUGCGCUUGCACUCGACACCGCCGCCAACGCGCCCCACGUCCGCCCAGCUGAGCGCCUAAAACCCAACCGAGCUCAGCCGAGCGCCCAACUGGCGGAGCUCAGCCGAGCGCCCAGAGCUGAGCGUCGUCGUAGUGACCGGCUUCCUGCGCCGAGUACCUAGGCUGGGCCAAAGUGCUUAUUUUAGACUGUUGCGCUCUGAGCGCUAUAGACUGACUGUGCUUUACUCCCUACAAACAUCUGAUCCGUGUGAUUCGUUUAGUGUCCUUUAGUGUAUAAGCUGUUGGAAUUCUGCAUAUGCAGUUUAACGGCCCGUUUAAACAUCGGGUUAACCACUGUUUAAAUACGUAACAAAUUUGUAAUCAUUAUAGACGGAAACGUCAAAUGUAUUUUAAAACUAAAUAAUUAUAUUGUAAUAAUCAGAAUAUCAACAUUAAUAAAUAAUUAAUCAAAUUUAGAAGCUUAGAAAUCCUCAAAUAUUUGAAGUUCAAAUUCUACUUAUAGUCAGAAGUUUGUAGGAAGUGAAGUUUAAACACUUAUUCGAUGUUAUAGGACGUUGCCGACUUAGCGCGUAUUACCAUUUCUACACCCACUAAGGUUUAACUUAAGACGUUAACCCCUAGUUCCUCGUGCUGACGGUUUGCACUAUAAUAACCGGCCGUUAAAGUGAACGGGGGGUUAACAGCUGAUUUACUAUGCAGGUUACGUUAAAUAGCUUAAGUUCAAAGACUGAUUUAUACACGGUUAGCUAUCCUUAUAUUUAGGUGUUUCCGGUAAAGUGUGUUUUGUUAAUCACUGAUUUAAAAAAAAAUGGAAUCAUAAAAGCUCUAUUGUUUUUGUUGUUCAUAAUAAAAGCUAAAUUAUCACUACAAAUAUUUCAUAUUCUCGUAUUGCUAUCGUAGAUUGACAGAUAAAUGGUGUCAUACGGUUUUUGAGCUUUAUGUCAAAACGUAUAGACACCGUA